UUGUGGCUUUAUGAUAUUUUACGGUGACUUGGUUUGAAGCGAACAGCAUUUUGACUUGUAGUCAACUGCCAGCCAGUUAGUCGAAUGAAUCAAAACGGUGGAUAAAGACACUGCAGCUCAUCUCUGCUGGAAGACCCAUCUUCCUAACAACACUCUUUAGCUGCUAUCUACUGCAUUAAUACCACAUACAACUGUAAACAUGUGGUGACAUCGGACAUAGAUUUGAAUUCUCCAGGAAAGAGUGUAGACUUCACAAUGGGAGAGCGAGUCAACAACUUUCCUCCCCUGCCUAAGUUCAUCAGAAUUAGGGCAUGCUUUUAUCACAACAUCGAAGAGGAAAUUCCUGCUGCCCACCAGCAGUUGGUGCGCAGAGUCUACACACUUUGGAUGAUGUAUUCGGGCACGCUGUGCAUUAAUGUGAUCGGGUGUAUUGCCUGGUGGGCUGGGGGUGGAAAUGCCACCAACUUUGGUUUCUCCCUGCUCUGGCUCAUCCUCUUCGGUCCCUGUAGUUACACCUGCUGGUUCAGACCUCUCUACAAAGCUUUCAGGGCUGAUAGCUCGUUCAACUUCAUGGCCUUCUUCUUCAUCUUCUUCCUCCAGUGUGUCUUGUCUCUCAUCCAGACUAUAGGCAUAUCUGGCUGGGGAACAUGCGGCUGGAUUGCGACAGUGAUGUUUUUCAGCCAAAAUGUGGGCUCCGCUAUAGUGAUGCUUAUCACAAGUCUGCUCUUCACUCUGGUGACUGCUUUAAUGGCACUGGUUCUCAUUAAGGUGCACAGACUCUACCGUGGCGGUGGCGGGAGUUUGGAGCGAGCUCAGGAAGAGUGGAGCAGCGGUGUGUGGAAGAGCGCACCAGUGAGAGAAGCCGGGUUCAAUGCCGUCGCUCAGAGUGCUCAAGGCCCGAGCUUGCCACAGUACCCUACAUCAGUGCCAAGCUAUCCCGAUAACAGUCACUGGUGAUAGCGAGACUGGCCUCUAGGUGGAGACAGAUAGCUUGCCAUUUCUGUGAUGCACAAGAGCGUCAUUCAAAACAUCAUAUCAAUUCACCCUUAUGGCAAAGUUCAUAGAUGUUUUGGGUUUUUUUGAGUGAGAGGACAGGAUGAUUUAUCAAAGAGUUUUGGUAGCAAAGCUCAUUAAAGCCCUACAUUUGUUGUGGAGGUUUAUCUUCAAAAUAUGCCAUUCCAUUUCAACUUUGUUUACACAUAGUGUUUUAAAGUGAAUAAGACAGAAAUACAGUUUUAUGCUCAAAAGAAAUUUGCUUAGGAAUGUUUUUGCAGAUAUGCAACUGGAAACUCAAAAAGAGUGUGAACAGCUUCAGGAUAGCAGUAUGUGAAGGGCAUGUGCCUUAUGGACCUUUUAUGACUUAUUAUUUUAUGUGCUGCCAGAUCUGCAUGCUAGACAUUGUAGUAUGAUUAAGAAGAAGUUUUUUUUCUUUUGCAACAAAGGAAACUGUGUGAAUUGAUCUGUGUUUUAUGUGAAUUCUGGCAGGACAGUUUUUUUUUUAAAUUCAUUGUGCUUGAUAUUUACAUGCUUGCCUGCUUCAGCUGCCAUUUCUCGAACCUUGCCUUACUGUUGCGUGCAGUUUUUGCAUGUCAAAAAUAUCUUGCUUGACUUUCGCCUAACAAAUGCUGCAUUUUUGUUUAAUUGGACUUGUGCUUCAGUGAAGCAACGUCUGGAAACAUUUCAAAAGAUGUUGGUGCGUAAUCCUCCCCUGUGAUUUUUCACUGUCCGCUGAUGUGCCAUAUCACUUUCCAUUAUUUUGAUACUGGGAAAAAAAUAGUCACACCCAAAGUAGAUAUUUUGUUGUUCUCUGAUUCAGUAUUUCUCAGUUUCUAAUGUUCCAAAGCUACACUAUUUGCUUUUAGUGGCCAGCACCCUGCCAUUAGAGCACCUUAUCAGUUGUUGCAAUGUUCCAGUCACUUUCACUUUCACCCAGAUAGACUGAAUUUUGGUAUGAAGUGACUGCAGUGUGCUUGCAUGCAGCCUGAAAUAGGAUUGAAACUGGAUAUAAUUUACUUCUAUAAAGGAACCAACCUCAUGUAAACUCUGUAAACAGACACACAUCCCAAUUGGCUGAUUUGAAAUAUAAACAUUUACAGACAGAUCAGCAAUUAAGUGGAAUCUUGCAUGUAAAUGUACAGUAGUCAGACUGUAAAUGCAGUCUGAUAUUUCAGUUCUCUUUCUGUCAUUCAAACAGACAUCUGGGGUAAAAAAAAACAAACAAAAACAAACCCAAAAAAGCAACGAUUGUGACUUUGGUGCAGUUUACUGCACCACAUUUCAAUUAUUUAUUUGUAUUUUUUGUUUUUUGGCUCAAUGAUCUAGUCAAAGCCUUUAUGAAGUGUGAGCACCAGUUGGAGGAACAAGGUGCCAACAAGGGUGAUUUUACUUUUCUUCUUACUAAAGUGUCCUUCAUGGCCAACUGCCAAAAUUAGUAUUUUGAUUUUUCUCUGUUGUUUGAUAAGUGACAAAAUAUUAUGGAUAUGUCCAAGUAACCUUUCAAUAAAUAUUCUUAUUCACAGUGUCUGUCCUAGUUGAAUGUGUAAGAACCAUUAAGUUAGCGAUUUUUGAUGAUAUGAAGAAUAGCAACAGACAAGUCUUACA